UUUGUAAUGAAACUCGAGGGAAAUGUAUACGAUAUGUCGACUGUGGCGAUUUCUUUCCAAGUACUCGCAGGGAACACGCCGUGACUCGAACGGAUCGUCCCGUCCCUGAGAAUGAAUAUCGAAUUGACUUUGAAUUGCUUCUCGUUCUUCUUCUUCUUCUUCUUCUUCUUCAUCUUAAGUUUGUUCUGCUUGCUGUUUGGUUUGUAGAUUAACGUACAAGAAUCUUAUUGAGAAGCCAGAAAAAUGUUGGAGGAUCAAGUGGCGUACUUAUUGCAGAGGUACCUUGGAAAUUAUGUACGAGGACUCAACAAGGAGGCUCUAAAGAUCAGUGUAUGGCAAGGUGAUGUUGAGCUAACAAAUAUGCAGCUGAAGCCAGAGGCACUCAAUGCAUUGAAGUUGCCAGUGAAAGUUAAAGCCGGAUUUCUUGGAUCAGUUAAAAUUAAGGUUCCAUGGAGCAGACUUGGUCAAGAUCCUGUCAUAGUGUAUUUAGAUCGAAUUUUCUUAUUAGCCGAGCCUGCUACUGAAGUUGAAGGACACAGUGAAGAGGCUAUCCAAGAGGUCAAGAAAGCUAGAGUCCGGGAAAUGGAAAUCAAACUCUUGGAGAGGAUGCAGCGAAUGAAGACAGAAAUGAAUAAUUCGUGGUUGGGAUCACUGAUCAGCACAAUAAUCGGAAAUUUGAAGCUUUCGAUAUCAAACAUCCACGUCAGAUACGAGGAUAUUGAAAGCAAUCCUGGACAUCCAUUUGCAGCUGGUGUAAGCUUAGAAAAACUUUCUGCUGUUACCGUAGAUGAUGAUUGGAAGGAGACUUUUAUAACUGGUGGUGCACUUGAUCGUAUUCGUAAGUUUGUUGAACUCAACCAGUUAGCAGUUUAUCUUGAUUGUGAUAUAUCACCUUGGUAUAUGGAUAAACCGUGGGAGAAUUUGCUUCCAUCAGAAUGGGACAAAGUAUUUCGCUUUGGUACCAAGAAUGGGAAACCAGCUGAAGGUUUUGACAAAAAACACAGCUACAUCUUGCAACCGGUGUCUGGAUAUGCAAGGUAUACAAAGCUGCGGGAAAAUGAUCAUGCUGAUAGCCGUGAACCUCUACAGAAAGCAUCAGUAUAUUUGGAUGACGUGACACUCUGUUUGUCAAAGAAUGGGUACAGAGAUAUCCUAAAAUUAGUUGAUAAUUUUUCUGCGUUCAAUCAACGAUUAAAGUAUGCUCAUUUUCGGCCUCAUGUUUCCGUGAAAACUGAUCCUCGUUCCUGGUGGAAGUAUGCUUUUAAUUCAAUCUCUGAUCAGUUGAAGAAGGGAAGUGGAAAAAUGACAUGGGAGCAGGUUCUGAAGUUUGCAAACUUACGCAAGAGAUACAUCUCUUUGUAUGCUUCGUUGCUUAAGUCUGAUCCUACUCGUGCAAUUGUUGAUGAUGACAUACAUAUUGAGGAACUUGACCGCGAGCUCGAUAUUGAGCUCAUUCUUCAAUGGAGGAUGCUUGCUCACAAAUUUGUUCAAAAGACGGUGGAAUCGGACCAGUACUUGAAAAAAACAAAAGCGAAGAAAUCUUGGUGGUCAUUUGGAUGGAACAAUCAAUCAUUCAAAGAUGAAGAGGAACAAUUUUUUAGUCAAGAAGACUGGGAACAACUGAACAAAUUUAUAGGGUAUAAGGAAGAAGAAAAUUCAAUUUCCAUCAUAAAUGCUAGCAAAGAGGACGCUCUUCUUACUUCUUUGGAGGUUCACAUGAACCGUAAUGCAUCAAAGCUUACUGAUGAGGCACAACAUUGUCUUGCUGAAUUGUCAUGUAAAAACUUGAACUGUUCCAUGAAGUUUUUUCCAGAAACGAAAGUUUUUGACAUCAAUUUGGGGUCAUAUCAACUAUCCUCGCCAAGUGGUCUCCUUGCUGUGAGUGCUGCUACUCAUGAUUCAUUGGUUGGUAUCUUCUGUUACAAGCCUUUUGAUGUCAAAGUGGACUGGAGCUUGGUUGUGAAGGCUUCUCCUUGUUACAUGACCUAUCUCAAAGAUGUCAUCGAACAAAUUCUGAGCUUCUUUGAGAGCAGCGCUACUGUUGGUCAGACUGUGGCAUUGGAAACAGCAGCCGCCUUGCAGAUGACAAUUGAGGAAGUUAAGCGCACUGCUCAGCUCCAAGUGAAUAGAGCAUUGAAAGAUCGUUCAAGGUUUCUGUUGGACUUGGAUAUUGCAGCUCCUAAGAUUACAAUUCCAGCGGAGUUUCAUCUUGAUGAUAUCAAUUCAAUAAACCUUCUGAUUGAUUUGGGGAAUUUGUUGAUUCGAACACAGGAUGAACAUGAAAACGUGUCUCCUCAAGAGUUGGAUAUGUAUUUGCAAUUUGAUGUGGUCUUGAGUGAUGUCUCUGCCUUUUUGGUUGAUGGCGAUUACAACUGGAAUCAAAUUUUUGGCAAAGAUAUUCAUGAAUCUUCCCGUGUAACAGAGAUUAAUAUAUUGCCUGUUAUUGAUAAGUGUGGGGUUAUCUUAACGCUGCAACAGAUUCGAUUGGAGAAUCCGUCUUACCCUUCAACAAGGCUUGCAGUGCGAUUGCCUUCGUUAGGAUUUCACUUUUCACCAGCAAGGUAUCAUCGACUGUUGAAAAUUCUGAAGAUCUUCCAGGGGGAUAAUACAAAUUCAGAUGUUCCUCAACCGUGGAAUCAAGCUGACUUUGAGGGGUGGCUAUCUGUUCUUAUUAGGAAGGGUGUUGGAAACAGGGAGGCUGAAUGGCAACUGCACUACUGUUGUCUAGUAGGGCCCUAUCUCUACUUGAUUGAAAGCCCAGGAUCCAAAUCUUACAAUCGCUAUAUCAGCUUAAGAGGAAAACAAACCGUUCAACUGCCGGCAGAGUUGGUUGGGGAUGUGCAACAUGUUUUGGCUGUUCAUGGUGCUUCACGAUCAAAUAUUAAGGUUGUGGAGGAUGCUAGUGCCCUCAUAUUGAGGUGUGAUUCCGAUGUUUCAAGAAAAAUUUGGCAAAACCGCUUGCAAGGGGCUAUAUAUCGUGCUUCGGCCUCGGCUCCUAUUUUGGGUCUAUCUGAAACUUCCUCAAACUCCGAGGACUCGGAAGUUGAACCAGAUGAAAGUGAUAAUAUGAUGGAUUCAUCUAUAGAGAGGGUUUUUCUGACUGGUUCUCUUGAUGAACUUAAAGUCUGUUUCAGUUCUAGUAAUCAGCAUGACCAGGACUUUGAGAAGGUCCUUCUUGCAGAAGAGAGACAUUUGAUUGAGUUCCGGGCAAUUGGUGGUCAGGUUGAGUUGUCGAUUAGGUCAGAUGACAUGUUCAUUGGCACUAUACUGAAGUCUUUGGAAAUUGAAGACUUAGUUUGUUCGAAGACCAGUUCUCAAUCUUGUUAUUUGGCAAGAUCAUUUGUUCAUGGGGAAGAGACACCUUCGUUUUUUGACUAUUCAAAAAAUAAAGGUUCUGAUAACAAUGAUUCGACUCAAAUUGAAGGUGAUGAGAAAUUCUUCGAGGCACCUGAAACCUUGGUUGACUAUGCUGAUUAUCAGAUGCAAUCACCUGGAAAAGGACUCGAUUAUGUAAAAUCUCAAAGUUCUGUCCAAUUGAAAAAUUUUGCACCCCCCAGUUUUUCACGUAUUGCAGGUUUGCUUCCACCUGGUGUCUCUGAAACUCAUAAUGCGGAUAAUGAGCAACCUGUUACAUUAGAUAAUUUUGUAAAAGCUCAAAUAGCAUUUUAUGACCAAAAUUCUCCUCGAUACUAUGAUGUAGACAAACAGGUUUCUGUUACCUUGGCUACAUUGUCAUUUUUCUGUCGUAGACCCACAGUUUUAGCCCUUAUUGAGUUUGCCAAUGCCAUCAACCUUGAGGAAGAAAGUUGUGAAUCAUUGAGUGAUAAUUCAUCAUCAAGCAUCAUAAAGCAUAAUAGCCAAAUCGAAGAGGAUGAACAGAUUCCAAAAAACAUGGAGGAUGGCAUUGUGAAAGGUUUGCUAGGAAAAGGGAGGUCUAGAGUUGUAUUCAGUUUAGAAUUGAAGAUGGCUCGUGCACAAAUUUUUCUAGUGAAGGAAAAUGAAAGUAAUCUAGCAAGUUUGUUUCAAGACAACUUGCUUGCUAAUAUCAAGGUGUUUCCGUCCUCUUUUAGUAUUGAGGCUGCCCUUGGAAAUCUGAGAAUAAGUGAUGAUAGUCUUUCAAGCAGCCACAUAUAUUAUUGGGCAUGCGAUAUGAGAAAUCCUGGUGGCAGUUCUUUUGUUGAGCUCUUCUUUUCUUCGUACAAUGUCGAUGAUGAAGAUUAUAAUGGUUAUGAAUACAGUCUCCUGGGGAAGCUUUCAGAAGUACGCGUUGUGUAUUUGAAUCGAUUCAUCCAGGAGGUUGUUAGUUACUUUGUGGGUCUCGUCCCAGAAAAUGCUGAGGGUGUUGUGAAGUUAAAAGAUCAAGUAACAAAUUCAGAGAAGUGGUUUACAACUACUGAAAUAGAAGGCUCACCUGCUUUGAAGUUGGAUCUUUCUCUUUCAAAGCCUAUAAUAUUAAUGCCUCGAAGGACAGACAGUCUUGAUUAUUUGAAGCUUGAUAUUGUCCACAUUACCAUUCAGAACACAUUUCAGUGGAUUUCUGGGAGUAAAACAGACAUGAGCGCCGUGCAUCUGGAAAUUUUAACUGUAAUGAUCGAUGAUAUCAAUUUAAAUGUUGCCGUGGGUGCGGAAUUAGGGGAAAGCAUAAUUGAAGAUGUCAAGGGGGUUUCAGUGGUCGUCCGCAGGUCACUUCGGGAUUUGUUGCACCAAAUACCAAGUUUAGAAGUUGGAAUUCAGAUUGAAGUGUUGAAAGCAGUUCUUUCAAACAGAGAGUACCAGAUUAUUACUGAAUGUGCAAUGUCAAAUAUCUCUGAGACAGCAAACGUGGUGCCUCCAUUAAAAAAAAUUAAUGCUUCUUCAGCUGAUAUAAUAGAACCUGCUACUCGCCAGGUUCUAGAUGGGACAGAAUCUGAAACAAGUGAACCGUCCUCAGUGUCAAUGAAACUCUCUGUAAAUAUUGACCUGGUUCAGUUGAGCUUACGUGCAGGAAUAUCAGGAGAUGCAUCGUUAGCCACUGUGCAGGCUAAUAAGGCAUGGGUAUUAUACAACUCCAAUACAAACGGUGAAGGUUUUCUUUCAGCAACACUCAAGGAUUUCACUGUUCUUGAUGAACGUGAUGGAAUUGAACAGGAAUUCAGGCGGGCAAUAGGAAUUGCUAACAGCACUGGCACAGUUCAGCUGCACAUACCGACUGAUGAGCAGAAUCAAUUCAGAAGUGAUGCAAGUACUAUAGAUGAAAAUGUUUCUAAAGCAGUUCCUACAAUGCUUAUUCUUGAUGCAAAAUUCACUCAGUUUUCAACAUUUGUCUCGUUAUCAGUUCAAAAGCCUCAACUUCUUGUUGCACUUGAUUUUCUCCUGGCUGUUGUUGAAUUUUUUGUUCCAACCGUUGGCAGUAUAUUAUCAGAUGAGGAAGAUAAGAGCUAUUUUCAUGUUACUGAUGCUGUUAUCUUGGAUCAGUCACCUUAUAUGCAGCCAUCUUCUAAACUGCAUAUAUCUCCUGGGAAACCAUUAGUAGCAGAUGAUGAAAAUAUUGACCAUUUCAUCUAUGAUGGUAAUGGUGGAGUAAUGCACCUAACAGAUAGAAACGGAGUUGAACUCUCAGCACCUAGUAAGGAGGCAAUGAUAUAUGUUGGGAAUGGGAAGAAAUUGCAGUUCAAAAACAUCAUUAUCAAAGGUGGACAAUUUUUGGAUUCUUGUGUUUUUAUGGGUACCAACAGUAGUUAUUCAGCAUCUAAGCAGGAUGAGGUGUACUUGGAGUUGGGGGAUAAUGUCGUCCAGCGAAGCCCUCAUGAAGUACAAUCUCAAGAUAUCACCAGCAACAAGUCUACUGAGUAUACUAUUGAAUUGCAGGCAAUUGGCCCUGAGCUGAUCUUCUACAACACAUCAAGGGAAGUAGGGGAAUCUACAAUCCUCCAGAACCAACUUUUGCAUGCUCAACUAGAUGUAUAUUGCAGGUUUCUUCUCAAAGGCGAUACAACUGAAUUUAGUGCAAAUGCACUCGGACUGACCAUGGAGAGUAAUGGAAUCAGGAUUCUAGAGCCCUUUGAUACCUCAGUAAAUUAUUCGAAUGCUUCGGGAAAGACAAAUAUACAUUUGUCUGUUUCAGAUAUAUUUAUGAACUUUUCAUUCAGCAUCUUGAGACUGUUUCUAGCUGUUGAAGAGGAUAUUGUGGCAUUUCUAAGAAUGACUUCGAAGAAAAUGACAGUAGUAUGCUCCCAGUUUGACAAAGUUGGAACAAUCAAAAGUCCAAACAGUGAUCAAGUAUAUUCAUUUUGGAGGCCUAAUGCUCCACCAGGUUUUGCAAUUUUGGGUGACUAUGUGACACCAUCUGAUAAACCACCAACGAAAGGAGUUCUUGCAGUUAACACCAGUUUUGCAAGGGUAAAGCGACCUAUAUCUUUCAGACUAAUCUGGCCACCGGUAGCUUCUCAAGACAGUUAUAAUUAUCACAUGAACAAUUAUGAUUCUUCACCUGGUGAUGAUAUUCUAGGCCAGGAGGACUGCUUUUAUUCCAUUUGGUUUCCUGAAGCACCCAAAGGAUAUGUUGCACUUGGUUGUGUUGUCUCCAAAGGAAUUACGAAACCGCCAGUGUCUGCUGUUUUCUGCAUCGCCACUUCCUUAGUUUCUGGUUGUUCCUUGAGGGACUGCAUAAGUAUCAGCACCAGUGUACCUUGCAGGUGCCGUUCAAAUAUUGCUUUAUGGCGUGUGGACAAUGCUGCUGGAUCUUUUCUGCCAGCAGAUCCAACAACCUUUAGAGUGAGAGGUACUGCGUAUGAACUGCGUCGUACAAUUUUUGGGUUUCCUGAAGUGUAUCAUCAAAUGUCUAAGAGUUCAGAUAGUCAUGCUUCACCAAGUCAAACUGAAACCUCCCUUCCGAAGAAGUCACGUAUUGUAACUUCUGGUCAGCAUUUUGAGGCUGUUGCUGACUUUCAGUUGAUAUGGUGGAAUCGAGGAUCAAAUUCCAAGAAGAAACUAUCAAUAUGGCGUCCAGUUGUUCCUCAGGGGAAGAUUUACUUUGGUGAUGUUGUUAUGAAAGGAUUUGAGCGUCCAAAUACAUCUAUAAUUCUUAAUCAUACUGGAGAUGAAGAGUUGCACAAGACCCCACUUGAUUUCCAACUUGUAGGGCAAAUCAAGAAGCAAAAAGGAAUGGAAGAUAUAUCCUUCUGGUUGCCACAAGCUCCUGCAGGGUUUGUUUCCUUGGGUUGUAUUGCAUGCAAAUGUAAGCCUAAGCAACAAGACUUCAGUGCAUUGGGAUGUGUGCGAAUGGAUAUGGUGGCAUGGGAUCAGUUCUUGGAGGAAAGUGCCUGGGAUUUUUCAGAUGCCAGGCUAAUAACCGAGCCAUUCAGCAUAUGGAUAGUUGGUAAUGAGUUAGGGACCUUCAUUGUUCGGAGUGGGUCUAAGAGGCCUCAGAGGAGUUUCAAUCUUAAGCUGGUGGAUUCACAUGUAACAAGUGGUUCAGAUAACACUGUAAUUGACGCAGAAGUGAGAACGUUUUCUAUAGCAGUUUUUGAUGACUAUGCUGGUUUGAUGGUUCCAUUGUUCAAUAUAUCGCUUAGCGGGUUGGGAUUUAGCCUUCAUGGAAGAAAAGGUUAUUUAAAUUCAGUUGUGAACUUCUUUUUAGCUGCCAGAUCAUAUAAUGAUAAAUACGAAUCCUGGGAGCCACUUGUUGAACCGGUAGAUGGAUUUCUAAGGUAUCAUUACGAGCAAAAUUCCACUGGAUCAGCUUCUCAGUUGCAUCUUACCUCAGCUAGGGAUUUAAAUUUGAAUAUUUCAGCGUCUAAUAUCAAUAUGCUCAUUCAAGCUUAUACAAGCUGGAUCAACCUCACGAAUGUUCAGGAGCAUAACAAAACAAAAGACUCGUUGUUUCCCACAUCUGGUGGAAAAGGUAUCGGUGAUGUACAGGCCAAGAGAGACUAUUUUAUCAUCCCUCAAAAUAAACUUGGUCAGGACAUUUACAUCCGAGCUACUGAAAUACGUGGUCUUCAAAAUGUAAUUCGGAUGCCUUCAGGGGACAUGAAGCCCUUAAAAGUUCCUGUUUCAAAGAACAUGUUAGAUUCCCACUUGGAAGGAAAACAUUUUAAAAAAGAUAGAAGAAUGGUGACAAUAAUAAUUUCUGGUGGACAGUUGCCAAAGGUUGAAGGACCAGCUGUUCACCAGUAUACUGUAGCUAUUCGUCUUACUCCCCUCCAAGGGGCUUUUGUUGAAUUGCAACAUCAACAGAGUGCACGCACAUCCAGAAGUAGCUCAAACCACUCAUUAUCUGCUGAGGUUGACUUGGUCUUCUGGAACGAAAUAUUCUUUUUCAAAAUUGAAUCUCCGGAAAAAUAUAUGCUGGAGUUGAUGGUAAUAGAUGUGGGAAAAGGUGACGCCACUGGAUUCUUUUCUGCCCCUUUAACUCAGAUAGCACAGAGCUUGGAGGAUGAAUUUCACUUGCAUGAUCACGUUAAUAAGUUAAGCUGGAUAGAACUUGCUUCACCUAGCUUGGAGAAAACAUGCAAGUUCAGUGGAAAAUUAAGUUGUACUGUGCUUUUGUCGCCCAAACAAGAAUUUGAGAACAUAAAUCAAUCCUCAAAUAAAGGAAGGAAAUCUGGAUCUAUUCAAAUAAGUCCGAGUAGGACUGGACCAUGGACUACUGUUAGGUUAAACUAUGCUACACCAGCUGCUUGUUGGCGCUUAGGGAAUGAUGUCAUUGCCAGCCAAGUGACUGUCAAGGAUGGUAGCCGAUAUGUGACAAUUAGGUCUCUCGUCUCAGUGCAGAACAAUACUGAUUAUAUGCUUGAUGUCUGCCUAAUGUCCAAACAUUGCAAGGAAAGCAUACAUCACGCGGAUGAAACUGGUAGUUCAGAUGGUUCAACAGCUGAUAAUAACAUGGUUGUUACAGAAGAGUUCGAUGAAACUGAAAAAUACAGCCCUACUGCUGGCUGGGUUAGCUGCCUGAAAUUCAGUCAGGAUUUCUCAGAAGUAAUCAUUCCAGAGGUAACAUCAAGAGUUGAGCUACCGUCUGGUUGGGAAUGGAUUGAUGAUUGGCAUUUAGACAAGAGACCUCUUACUGCUGCUGAUGGUUGGGUUUAUGCUCCAGAUAUCAAAAGUCUUAAAUGGCCUGAUUCUUCCGACUCUGUGGAAUCUGUAAACCAUGCGAGGCAAAGAAGGUGGGUCAGAAGUAGGAAACAGAUAAGUAAUAUAGAGAAGGAAAUAUUCAUAGGGCAAUUGAAGCCUGGUGAUACGGUUCCCCUCCCUUUAUCAGUGCUGGCACAAUCUGGUCGUUAUAUAUUUCAUUUGAGGCCUUCGACACUUAAAAAUUGUGAUGAGUACUCUUGGAGUUCAGUUGUAGAUAAACCUAAUCAAGAGGAUGCUAAUGGGCCUGAUAUUUUCUCUGAAGUAUGCGUUUCAAACCUAAGUGAAUCUGAGGAGUUGUUGUAUUGUGUUCAGACAAGCGGAACCUCGUCAAGUAGUUCUCAUAGGUUAUGGUUUUGUUUAGGCAUACAAGCCUCGGAAAUUGCCAAAGAUAUGCACUCUGACCCUAUUCAGGACUGGAAUCUUGUUAUCAAGGCUCCCUUGUCUAUUACCAAUUACCUUCCGCUUGUGACAGAAUUUUCGGUUCUACAUAAACAGAAAAGUGGCCACUUCAUUGGCUGUUGUAGAGGAAUCCUUCAUCCAGGGAAAACUGUGAAGGUCUAUGAUGCUGAUAUCAGAAAUCCAUUGUUCUUUUCACUCUUCCCACAGAGAGGAUGGCUUCCUGUACAUGAAACCGUUCUUAUAUCCCACCCUCAUGGAGUUCCAGCAAGAACAUUAAGUUUGAGAAGUUCAAUUACUGGAAGGGUUGUUCAAGUUAUUCUUGAACAAAACCAUAGUAAGGAGCAUCCAUUCCUGGAGAAGAUCAUCAGAUUCUACGCACCUUACUGGUUUUCUAUUUCUAGAUGUCCUCCUCUCACACUCCGUCUUGUAGACAGAUUAGGGAGAAAAGAUUCACGAAAGAUUUAUCACCGGCUUAAGUCCAAGACUAAUACUGACAUAUUUGAGGAAAUAACUGAUGAAGAAAUACACGAGGGUUACACAAUCGCUUCUGCUCUGAACUUCAAUUCGUUGGGCCUCUCUGUGUCAAUUAAUCAGACUGGGAAAAAUCAGUGUGGAGAUGUUAAAGAACUAUCUCCUCUGGGUGACAUGGAUGGAUCCUUAGAUCUCUAUGCUUGUGAUGAUGAGGAAGGAAAACGUAUGCAGCUUUUCAUUUCUACAAAACCAUGUCCCUAUCCAUCUGUACCAACCAAGGUGAUUUCAGUUCGCCCAUUCAUGACCUUUACCAACCGGCUUGGUCAUGAUAUUUUUAUUAAGUUAAGCGAUGAAGAUGAAACAAAAGUUCUCCAUCCGUGUGAUUCAAGAAUGUCAUUUGCCUUUCUGAAAACUGGUGGGCAUGAUAAAUUCCAGGUACGUUUAGAAGAUACCAGUUGGUCACUUCCUUUUCAAAUAACGGAAGAUACAAUAUUUUUGGCCUUGAGGAGAUAUGAUGGUACUCGUAGAUUUUUGAGGAUAGAAGUUCGUGGCUACGAAGAAGGAUCACGUUAUAUCAUUGUGUUUCGUGUUGGAUCAGCAGAUGGCCCAAUCAGGGUUGAGAACAGAACUGGCAAUACAAUCAACUUACGUCAGAGUGGAUUUGGUGAAGAAGCUUGGAUUUUGUUGCCGCCCCUUUCAACAACAAAUUUUUGUUGGGAGGAUCCUUAUAGCCAACAUUCCUUAGAUACUAAGAUUAAUAAUGAUAGUCGUAUUCGAGUUUGGAAACUUAAUACGAGCAUGGGAUUUUGCUCUUUAGAGGAUGCCGAAACAGAAUUAUGUUGCCAUGUGGCGAAAGAGGGUGAUAUUAAUGUAGUUCGGUUCAGAGACAGACAGCAUUUGGAAUCUGGUUUUCAUGAAGAGAUUGGAUACGUAACGGCUGCAAGAAAUUGGAGGUCUCAAAUGCAGAGACCGGUGCAAGAUAGUGAAGCAGCACCCACUGAGCUUAUAGUUGAGUUAGGAGUGGUAGGGAUUUCUAUUAUAGACCACAAGCCAAAGGAACUGGCUUAUAUGUACUUGGAGAGAGUUUUUAUCUCAUAUUCAACUGGAUUUGAUGGUGGAACAACAAAUAGGUUCGAGAUCUCAUUUGGUAAUUUGCAGCUUGAUAAUCAACUCCCCCUUACAUUGAUGCCAGUGUUGUUGGCUCCUGAGCAGAUCACAGAUAGAACUCAUCCAGCAUUUGGAUUGACAAUAACAAUACAGAAUGAGAAUAUUGUUGGAAUCCGAGUCUUCCCAUACAUUUGUGUUCGGGUCACAGAGAAAUCUUGGAGGCUUAACAUUCAUGAACCAGUUAUUUGGGCUGUUGUUGACUUGUAUAAUAAUCUUCAGCUAGGUCGCUUACCCCAAAGUUCUAGUAUCACUCAAGCUGAUCCAGAAAUACGCAUCAACCUAAUAGAAAUAUCUGAAGUAAAGCUGAAAGUGGUACUGGAGCCGGCACCAGCACAAAGACCCCAUGGAGUUCUAGGCAUAUGGAGCCCCAUACUGUCAGCCGUCGGGAAUGCAUUCAAGAUACAGGUGCAUCUAAGAAGAGUGAUGCGCAGGGAUAGAUACAUGCGUGAAAGUUCUAUUCUUCCUGCCAUUGGAAACCGCAUCUGGAGGGACUUCAUUCACAAUCCUUUACACCUAAUAUUUUCAUUGGAUGUUCUUGGCAUGACAAGCUCAACAUUGGCUUCACUCAGCAAAGGGUUUGCCGAACUUUCAACUGAUGGCCAGUUUUUGCAAUUGCGGUCAAAGCAGGUAUGGUCACGGAGAAUCACUGGUGUACGUGAUGGAAUAAUCCAAGGCACAGAAGCUCUUGCUCAGGGUGUUGCUUUUGGGGUGUCAGGCGUGGUAACAAAGCCUGUGGAAAGUGCUAGACAGAAUGGUUUAAUUGGUCUGGCUCAUGGAUUAGGACGUGCAUUUCUUGGAUUUAUUGUACAACCAGUUAGUGGAGCAUUAGAUUUUUUCUCACUGACUGUUGAUGGAAUUGGUGCAAGUUGUUCCAAGUGUUUAGAGGUUUUCAGCAGGAAGGUUUCUUCCCAAAGAGUUAGAAACCCUCGGGCCAUUCAUGCUGACAGUAUUCUUAGAGAGUACUGUGACCGAGAAGCUCUUGGACAGAUGGUUCUUCAUCUUGCAGAAGGAAGUACACAUUUUGGUUGUACUGAAAUCUUCAAGGAGCCUUCAAAAUUUGCAUUUUCUGAUUAUUAUGAAGAACACUUCAUUGUACCUUACCAGAGAAUUGUUUUGGUAACGAACAAGAGAGUCAUGCUGCUUCAGUGCUCAGAUCCUGGAAAAUUGGAUAAGAAACCUUGCAAGAUUUUAUGGGACGUUCCUUGGGAGGAGCUCAUGGCACUGGAGUUGGCAAAAGUGACUAACAGUCACCCUUCUCACUUAAUCAUCCAUUUAAAAACUUUCAAGAGGACAGAAAAUUUUGCUCGUGUUAUAAAGUGUCAUAUUGAAGAAAUUGUAGGAAGAGAACCUCAAGCUGUCAGGAUUUGUUCAGUGGUUCGUAAAUUGUGCAGAGAAUAUCAAUCUGACAUGAAGUGCCUUGUCCUUAAGGUUCCCUCAAGCCAGAGACAUGUUUAUUUUUCAUCGAGUGAAGCUGAUGGGAGGGAUGCAAAUAAUUUAAACAAAUCCAUUAUUAGAUCGAGGGAGCUUUUGUUAUCCAGUUCCUUGAAUGAUGAAGGAAGAUUUGUGAAACGCAGUAUGAACUUUACGAAGGUUUGGAGCAGUGACCUUGAGUUAAAAGGUCGUUGCAUAUUGUGCAAAAAGCAGGCCUUAGAGACCGGAGGGAUAUGUACCAUAUGGAGACCAAUAUGUCCCGACGGGUACGUCUCCAUUGGGGAUAUAGCCCAUCUCGGCAGCCAUCCUCCAAAUGUUGCUGCUAUUUACCGUUACAUGGAGGGAAUGUUUGCACCGCCAGUGGGUUAUGAUUUGGUAUGGAGAAACUGCCAGGAUGACUACAUAACUCCUGUAUCAAUCUGGCAUCCAAGGGCUCCAGAAGGCUUCGUCUCUCCAGGAUGUGUGGCAGUUGCCGAUUUUGCAGAGCCAGGGCCUAACAUUGUGUAUUGUGUGGCGGAAUCUCUGGCUGAGGAGACAGUAUUUGAAGAACAAAAGAUUUGGUCGGCACCGGAUGCAUACCCUUGGGCGUGUCAUAUCUACCAAAUGCAAAGCGAUGCGCUUCACUUCGUCGCUCUCAGACAAAGCAAGGAAGAAUCCGACUGGAAGCCGAUGAGAGUUCUAGAUCAACUUCCCAGUCUGUUGCCGUCAUCAGGAAACCACUGAUGUUAUAUGAACUGAUGUGCAUAAUUCAGCUUCACAACACAUAGAUUUAUAUGAACAACGUAUUUUGCAGUCAGGCAGAAAGUCAUUUGGUGCACAUGGUGCAAGAUUUUGUCCCCGAUAUGUAUUAAACUGUACUUCGUUCUAUAAAAUUCAAGCUUAUAAGUACCAGAGAGUGAACAUGACUAGUCAUCAAUUUUUAAUUUUUGUGCCUACUAUAAAUAGUUGUAAAUUUGUUGCCCUGAGAUGGGUUAAAUGACGAAAAUAAAGGUGUCACAACUUGUUGAAAAGAUCUGGAGUUGACUAAAAUUUUCAGUGGGUUUUAUGGAUAAAA